GAGGCGGGCGAGCCCCUGCAGGAGGAGCGUGAUGGCGGCUCAGGUGCUGGCGCUGCUGAGGGAGGUGUCGCGGCUGGAAGCGCCGCUGGAGGAGCUACGCGCGCUGCAGUCGGUGCUGCAGGCCGUGCCGCUCAGCGAGCUCCGCGAGCAGGCGGCGGACCUGCGCCUUGGCCCGCUUUUCUCCUUGCUCAAUGAGAACCAUCGGGAACAGACAACUUUGUGUGUAUCCAUUCUGGAGAGAUUGCUCCAAGCUAUGGAGCCAGUUCACAUGGCCCGGAACCUCAGGGUUGACCUGCAGAGGGGACUGACUCACCCUGAUGAUUCUGUGAAAAUCCUCACUCUGUCCCAGGUUGGAAGAAUCGUUGAAAAUUCUGAUGCUGUUACUGAGAUUCUAAAUAAUCCUGAAUUACUAAAACAAAUCGUUUAUUGUAUUGGUGGAGAGAAUCUAUCUGUAGCCAAAGUGGCCAUUAAAUCCCUGUCAAGAAUAUCACUGACCCAAGCUGGCCUGGAGGCUUUAUUUGAAAGCAGUCUGCUGGAUGAUUUGAAAACUGUAAUGAAAACAAAUGACAUUGUUCGAUACAGGGUGUAUGAGCUAAUUGUAGAGAUUUCUUCUGUGUCACCAGAAUCUUUAAACUCCUGUACCACCAGUGGAUUGGUAACCCAGCUCCUCAGAGAGCUGACUGGUGAGGAUGUGCUGGUCAGAGCCACCUGUAUAGAAAUGGUGACAUCACUGGCGUAUACUCAUCAUGGACGACAGUACCUUGCUCAGGAAGGAGUAAUUGAUCAGAUUUCUAAUAUAAUUGUUGGGGCGGAUUCAGACCCUUUCUCUAGCUUCUACUUGCCAGGGUUUGUGAAGUUUUUUGGGAACCUCGCUAUUAUGGAUAGCCCUCAACAGAUCUGCGAGCGUUAUCCUGUCUUUGUGGAAAAAGUCUUUGAAAUGACAGAAAGUCAGGACCCCACCAUGAUUGGUGUAGCAGUGGACACAAUUGGAAUCCUGGGAUCCAAUGUUGAAGGAAAGCAAGUUUUGCAGAAGACAGGAACUCGCUUUGAAUGCUUGCUCAAGAGAAUAGGAUAUCAAGCAAAGAAUGCCCCAACAGAGCUCAAGAUUAGGUGUUUGGAUGCAAUCUCAUCUCUUCUUUACUUACCACCUGAGCAGCAGACGGAUGACCUCCUGAGGAUGGCAGAGUCCUGGUUUUCUUCUUUAUCUCAGGACCCACUGGAGCUCCUCCGCGGCAUCAGUAAUCAGCCCUUCCCUGAACUACACUGUGCUGCCUUAAAAGUGUUCACGGCCAUUGCAAACCAACCCUGGGCUCAGAAACUUAUGUUUAACAGUCCAGGUUUUGUAGAAUAUGUGAUGGACCGGUCAGUGGAGCAUGACAAAGCUUCAAAGGAUGCCAAAUAUGAACUGGUGAAAGCUCUUGCCAAUUCCAAGACAGUUGCAGAAAUCUUUGGAAACCCAAAUUAUUUGAGGCUCAGAACUUAUCUGAGUGAAGGUCCAUACUAUGUGAAACCUGUUUCCAUGACAGCAGUGGAAGGAGCUGAAUGAUUUCUUCUAGAAUCUAGACCAUUUUUGGACCAAAACUUCUCCUAAGGUAUUUGACUCCCUCUGUAUUUUACAAAACAGAGACCUCCCUCCCCCAGAAUUAUGGAGUGUCAAACCUAAUUUUAUCACCAACAUUCGUUAUGUUUCUACAUUGAAACACUAUGUGAAACCAGGAAAGCAGGCAAACUUGGUCAUAAUUAAAACAGAUGUUUUUCAGAUUUAUUUGACUGCCUUACUCUUUGCAAGAAGAUGGAAGUUUUGUUCUCCUCCCAGAAAAUUUUCAUGGACUUACCAUUUUAUUUUAAAAUCUGCUUCAACCAAAAUGAAACCAAAUUUUUUCUCUUCACCACUUUUUUUUUUUUUUUUUUAAUUCUUUUCCCCCUUCUGAUUCCGCUUUCAAAGUCUUGGAUAUAUGUAUUCUUUGAAAAACAAAUAAUGUGGCAUCUUUAAAUUAUGUUCUCUA